CGUUUCUUAUUUCCUUUCACUAGUAUAAAUUUACACCAUCUCCUUCUGCAACUGCUAGCCUGGUUCUUCAUCAUCUUCGUCAUUUAUCAUGAACUCCGACGUCCCUCCUCAGCCUGGUUAUGCCCCUUCCCAGCCCGUAUUUCCCAUCAAUGUCCAGCCAUGGACGACCGGCCUUUAUGACUGUUUUGAAGAUCCUACCAAUUGUGAUUGUCUUUCCAUUCCCGCUAAUUUCUCUCUAUCUCUCUGUGUAGUAGCGGAGCCACCGUGGGGCAGGCGUGGGCGCCUGCCCACGCCAGCCAAAUAAACUCCACGAGUUUAGUGGAGUGUCGGUCUGCCUCAUGCCCAUCUACACGCUAUGCUGCCCACGUCUUCUGGGAGACAAGCUAAGCCUUCCUGUGGCAUGCUUACGUGCAGCUUUCCUGGCAUCACUUUUGGGCAGAAUGCAGAGAUAAUCGACCACGGAAGCUCGUCAUCUGCUUCCAAUGCCUUUACCUAUGGUAUCAUAGGUGGGAGCGGCUACGGCUAUCACUACAGGACAAAGCUCAGAGGCCAAUUCCAGCUUCCAGAGGAACCUAUGACAGAUUACCUCGUCCAUUACUAUUGCAGCACUUGCGCGCUGUGCCAAGAACACCGAGAGCUGAAGAAUCGUGGCUUUGACCCCACUCUAGGUUGGCAAGGUACACAAGAAAGGAGCAACAAUGGAGCCAAUGGGCCCCCGCCCGUCCGACCUGCUAUGACAAAGUAGAUCCUCUAACUGUCUGUGUCGAAAGAGCAUGCUCUCAAGUAUCUCCGUCAUACGCAAGUCAUGUCGUGGCAAUAUUUGUUUCCUUUUACUUUUCCACUUCAUUCUGCUUUGGAUUCAUUGUAUAUGUGACGAUUGCAUUAAAAACGUGGUUGGAUGGGUUAGUAACUUGUAAGAACGUUUCUGUUGAUAAUUGAUUAGAGCUAACUGCUUGCCUAA